UCAACUCUUAUCUCUCGAUCGACGGGGCCUUCUUGCAGUCUUGCUCCCUUGCAAUGCCGGCGAAUAUGCACGGGUCUUCAAUAAUAUGCAUGGGAAAGUGGACCCGCUGGCGUCUUCCAGUGAUGGACGCUCGAUAAGCACCAAUUUAACUUUGUUAUGAUCAUCGAUAUUGCAGCCGAUCAUCGUGGUCUCUCGACUCUCUCACUCAUUCCAGGCAGAUGUCUUGAUAAGGGUUACAAAUGCCAGGUUAUAUGUGAGCAUCAUGUCCCAACAGGCUGCUGUCGCCAAGCAUUAUCAUCCUUUUCGUCAUUGCGCUUCCCUGCAUCUGCACUACGAGCUCCUCUGGAGCUGUCAUUGUGUAAUCCAUCUAGAUCCAGAGACCUAAAGCAACAUGUCGCAAAUCAGCCUGGAUGCCUUCACCCCGGCGGAGGUGAUCGAAUUCGUCGGGCGUGCCGGAGUUGCCAAGGGCAAUAUGCGCCUCGACAAAGUCUUCUUCAGCGCAGUGUCGGCCGGAUGCCUGCUUGCCUUCGCCUGUGGAACCGUCCUCAGCACCAACACAACGCCCUGGUUCCAGGAAAACGCCCCCGGGCUCAUCCGCACAAUCAGUGCUUUAGUCUUUCCCUACGGCUUGUGUAUGAUUAUCUUAACUGGGGCCGAUCUUUGCACCGGAUCUUUCAUGUUCACUACUGUCGCUGCUCUACAAUGCCGGCUGCCGUGGUAUAAGAUGUUGAUUCAUUGGAUUGUCACGUUCUUUGGUAACCUGGCUGGGUCGCUCUUCGUCGUUGCUAUUAUAUUUGGGUAUGGCAACGUCUUCUCCGCAGAUCCUUUCAAGUCUCAAGUCAUCGCAUUCGCCACGAAAAAGCAAAUCACCCCUGAUUUCCAUAUGAUCUUCCUUCGCGGCAUCGGAUGCAACUGGCUCGUUUGCCUCGCCUGCUUUUUCGGCAUCCAGGGCCGUGACCUCACCUCCAAGAUCAUCGGCAUCUGGUGGCCGAUCUUCGCGUUCGUAUCUCUCGGGUUCGAUCACGUCGUGGCCAACAUGACUUUUAUCCCGCUGGCUAUCUGGGUCGGAGCUCCUAGAAUUACUGUUGGUCUGUAUAUCUGGAAAGGAAUCAUUCCGACCUUGAUCGGCAAUAUCUUGGGUGGAGGUUUAUUUUGCGGUGUUUACUACUGGUACAUGUACUUGCUCCAAACUGAUUCGAUGACGGUCACUGGAAUCAAGCGUUUCGGCCACUCCAGGUCGGAGGUGAGCAGCAUGACUCCAAAGAAGGACGAUGUGGAAGCUGGUGUCGGAGUGGUGGAUAACUCGCCCGCUGCACUGGGUAGUUAAUGGUACUAUUCCAAACUAACAGUCGAAUGUAUAGAGUAAUAAUAAUAAUAAUAAUAAUAAUAAUAAUAAUAAU